CAACUCCCAACGACAAACCUCACCAUCAAAUCCUCACCGAAGCCAGCCCAAAAAUCCAAAAUCUCCAUCCACGAUUAAAUUCCCAUCAUACAUCACCACAUCUACUGCCAAAAAUGACGCCGUCACCUACCCCACACCCAACCGCCUCCGCCUGGAAAAUCAUCCCCCACUUCCCGUCCCGUUCCAUCCCCGCCACGAUCGCCUUCUACACCUCCAUCCUUGGCUUUAGUCUAGGAGGCACAUACGUCCACGAUGACCACCCCCUCGCAGGGGCGGGGGAGCCGACGUUUGCGUCGCUGUUUGCGGGGGACAAGGCCGCGGCAAAUAUUUAUUUCUUCUUGACGGUGGAUGGGCAGGAUCGGGGGAUGAAGAUGGCAGAGGGGAGGGUGAUGAUUGCGUUGAAGGAGGGGGAGGUGGAUGUGUUAUAUGAGAAGUUGAAGAGGCUCGAGGAGGGGAGGGCGAGGGGGUCUGGGGAGAAGGAAGUGGGGGACUGGGGGAUCGUGGAUGAGAUUGGGGAUAGGCCUUGGGGGUAUAGGGAUUUUUCGGUUAAGGAUGGGGAUGGAAAUAUGCUGAGCUUCUUCUGUUUUCUGGAGGAUGGGGAGGAGGAGGAAAAGACGGUGGCGGAUGCGUAAGCUCGUAUUCAUAGUUUGAUUCUUCGAAAUGAACUACGCUUACAGCUGAAGUACUUGUGCGGCUUUGCGGCUCAAGAGUCUUUCAUAUCACAAUAGGAACAACGUUGAGCAACCAAUGAAAGUCCUGGAUUUUAUUUG